AUGUCCCCUGGCUGCAACACCAAUGGGGAGUUUGUGGGGGUGCUGGCAGACGUCCUGGGGUGUCAGUCCGCCCUCCCCGUGCCUGGGGCUCUGGUCCAGGUCCUACUGGGUGAUGUUGCUGGAGGGGUGGUCCUGGGGAAGAACGGAGGAGCAUUGAAGCAGAUGCUGUGGCCCUUCUGGUUGGGCCUGGGAGGUCCCAUGGGAUCCGGUUGACAACCAUUCCCUUGGAUCCACGUCAAUGACCUGACUGGGAUCCUGCUGCACUCUCUGGAGUGUGACUGGAUGUGCAGGGUCCUGAACGGGGUGUCCCCUGGCCACAGCACCAAUGGGGAGUUUGUGGGGGCGCUGGCAGACGUGCUGGGACGACCGUCCACCCUCCCCGUGCCUGGGGCUCUGGUCCGGGCGAUGCUGGGUGCUGAGCGUUCGGUGAUGCUGCUGGAGGGGCAGUGGGUGGUCCCCAAGUGGACCCUGGAGAGCGGCUACCGCUUCCGCUUCCCCGAGCUGCGGGCUGCUCUCAGGGACCUGGUGUCCUGAUCUCAUGGCCGGAGUCGGGAGGUCAAGUCUUGUGAAAGUUCAGGGGUCAGCGGCCAAGCGGAGGUGGGCCGGGGGCUGCUGCUGAGGGCAGGGGACAGCGGUCAGUGUUUUCGUGGGUCAGGGAGACGGCGUGUGUGCACUGGGGUACGGACUACAAGACCGUCCACCGGAUGAGGCUGUAACACCAGGUUUCACAAAGCAAUAAAAGCCGUUUGCUUCA